GAUCAAUAUCUUCAGAAUGUUGUUGAUUCAACUAAAGAUGUCGAAGGGUUAUGUCACAAAUAUGUAUAUAACAUGUAUCACAACAUUCGAUUUCUUGACAAGGAACAAACCAAAAAAUGUAUCAUCCCUUGCACACCUUUAGCUAUAAUCAAGGUAUUGGAAUAUGUUGGUGUAUACAAUCCAAUUAUCACAUAUGGGAAUCGUUUGCAUGGUCGUGUGAUUACCGUAGUAAAUAGAAGUGAAAUCGUUGGACGUCCUCUUGCUGCUUUAUUGGCCAAUGAUGGUGGAAAGGUUUAUUCUAUUGAUAUUAAUGGUGUUCAAGAAUUUAAUCGUGGUACUGGAUUAAGACUUAAAAAGCAUGAGGUUAUCGAGACGAAUUUCAAACUUGAAGAUGUGAUUCCAAUAUCCGAUGUUGUAAUAACAGGUGUUCCAUCACAAUCAUACAAAAUUCCAACAUCCUUAUUACGAGACGGAGUAAUUGCAAUAAAUUUUUCAGCAUACAAAAAUUUUGAAGAUAAUGUUAAAGAAAAAGCCAGCAUUUAUGUUCCGACGAUUGGUAUUCCGACUUAUCUUAGCACACUUUAA